GCCACAGUGGACCAUUCACUCAGAGGAAGUCACAACUGUGGACACACUUCAACCAGCGUAAAGGAGACUUCACUUUAUCACAGUCUGCAUAGAUGGAGAACAGGAAGAGUGCAAGGAAAAAUGACACAGGGGAGGUUGGCGGUGAUUUGUCAGAGCAGAUUAAAGCAGCCACUAAACACAACCACAUCAGAGCUGAAAACACACAGCUGAUGCUGAGUUACCAGAAGGGACAGAUCACCCUGCCGCAGUACAAGGUGCUGUUGUGUUCGCUGUAUGAGAUCUACAAGGCCCUAGAAGAGGAGCUGGACAAAAAUUCUUCCCAUCCCGCUGUUGCACCGAUAUACUUCCCUCAGGAACUCGCCCGUUUGGAAUCUCUCGAAAGAGAUUUGGAGCAUUUUUUGGGCUCAGACUGGAGGAAGAGGGUGAUUGUUCCUGCAGCCACACACAGAUAUGAACAGAGGCUACGAGAGAUUGGCAAGGAUAACCCAGUGCUGUUGGUGGCCCAUGCGUACACUCGGUAUCUUGGUGACCUAUCAGGAGGUCAAGUGCUGGGGAAAAUCACCCAGAAGUCUCUUGGGCUGAACAACAAAGAGGGGCUUGCGUUUUUCUCUUUCCCUGGUGUGGAAAGCCCUAACCGCUUCAAGCAGCUGUACAGGAGCCGAAUGAACAGCAUUGAGCUGACAGAAGAGGAGAGGGCAGAGGUGCUGGAGGAGGCUGUGUCAGCCUUCGAGUACAACAUCCAGGUUUUUGAUGACUUGCAGAAAAUGUUGAGUGUCACAACAGCACCAACGGACCAGUCAAACAGCAACUUCCCAACUGCCAUGCUCCCUUCCUCACAUAUCAUGCAGUUCACUGUGGGACUGUGUGUCGCACUUGCCACUAUUGGAAUGGGAAUCUAUGUUUACUAGUUUUCACCAGUGUUUGUGACUGAUAUGCACAUACAGCACUUUACUAAUUACCUAAUGCAACAACUGAAAUCAAGCCUGAAAUUUGUGCCUUUUUAUAUACACAAUCAAAUCACAGCUUAAAGUGAUUUUCUCAAUUUGUUAAUUGUCAUUUGUAUGUACUUUAUUAAACAAUCAUACACUGUGAAAAC